AAUUAUCGUAGUCAUUCGGUAGGUGAGUUAACUUUAACAUGUCGUAUAUAAUAUAGUCACAUUUGAAUUAGUGAGAAUAGAAAAAAACAUUUUCAUUAUUUUUUUUAUUUCAAAAAAAAAAAAAUGUUAUCUUCAAAUGAAACUUAAAUAACUUUUUUUUGAUUUCUAUUCAAUUUUUUAAAAAAAAAUCUUUAUAAAAUAAAAGAAACAUUUUCAAAUUUCGGGGACUUUUAUGUUUUUUUUUUUUGUGUAAUUUAAGAAAAAACCUCGAGUAACAAAUAAAAGAAAGUUUCUUUUUUUUUUGCUGUCAAAAGAAGGAAAAAAAAAAAACAAGAAAGAAAAAAUAUAAAAAAAAAAACCGUGAGGAAAGAAAAAUUUCCAAUAAAGUCGGGCGUGGAACUGCAAAAAAAAAAAUAUAAUAUCUAUGUACCUAAAUUAAUAGAACAUUAAAUUUGGAUUAAAAAAAAAAACAAGAAUAAAAAAAUAAAAGAAAAAAACAUAAGAAAGAAAGGAAAAAAAAAAAACAAAUUAUACACCAAAAUGGCGCAUCAAAUUGCCCCAUCGGUGAAUUGUUCUCUAGACGAUAUCGAUUUAAAUGCUUUAAAGGAUCCUGCCGGUAUAUUUGAAUUAAUUGAAGUUGUAGGCAAUGGAACAUAUGGACAAGUUUAUAAGGGUCGUCAUACAAAGACUGGUCAAUUGGCUGCCAUUAAAGUUAUGGAUGUAACUGAAGAUGAAGAAGAAGAAAUUAAAUUAGAAAUAAAUGUAUUAAAAAAAUACUCAAAUCAUCGUAAUAUUGCAACAUAUUAUGGUGCAUUUAUUAAAAAAUCACCACCUGGUAAAGAUGAUCAAUUAUGGUUAGUUAUGGAAUAUUGUGGUGCUGGUUCUGUAACUGAUUUAGUUAAAUCAACAAAAGGUCAAAGUUUAAAAGAAGAAUGGAUUGCAUAUAUUUGUCGUGAAAUAUUACGUGGUCUUAGUUAUUUACAUUCAAAUAAAGUAAUACAUCGUGAUAUUAAAGGACAAAAUGUAUUAUUAACUGAUAAUGCUGAAGUAAAAUUAGUUGAUUUUGGUGUAUCAGCACAAUUGGAUCGAACAAUAGGAAGACGUAAUACAUUUAUUGGUACACCAUACUGGAUGGCACCAGAAGUAAUUGCAUGUGAUGAAAAUCCAGAUGCAACAUAUGAUAAUCGAUCUGAUUUAUGGUCACUUGGUAUAACAGCAUUAGAAAUGGCAGAAUCUCAGCCACCAUUAUGUGAUUUACAUCCGAUGAGAGCAUUAUUUUUAAUACCAAGAAAUUCACCUCCACGACUUAAAUCAAAAAAAUGGUCAAAAAAAUUUCAUGGGUUCAUUGACACAGUUCUUGUGAAAGACUAUCAUCAGAGGCCUUACACAGAACAACUAUUAAAACAUCCUUUCAUUAAGGAACAACCGACUGAACGACAAGUUAGAAUUCAAUUAAAAGAUCACAUUGAUCGUUGCAAAAAACGAAAACAAGAAAAAGAACGUGAAGAUUAUCGUUAUUCUGGUUCAGAUAAUGAUGAUGAAGAGCCACAAAUUGCGGGUGAGCCAAGCUCAAUAAUACAACAACCAGGUGGUGAUACAUUACGCCGUAAUUUUCAACAAAUACAAACAACGAGUGGUAAUGAACAACCUCAACCUAAUAGGAAUCAAAAGCCGCAACCCCGGCCACAACAAAUAGAAGAACCGGGACCACCAUCAAGGCCUGCCUUACCACAACGUUUAAUAGUUGUACCAGAUCCACCACAACAUGCAAAUAGACCAUUACCUCCAACACCAAAAAGUUCAUCAAAUGGUAAUGGAAGCGGUGGCGGUGGUAAUAGUUCAUCAUCAAUUGAACAACAACAGCAACAAAGAGCUCAACAACAACAACAAACGCCACAACAACAGCAAAGAAAUUCACAGAAUAUGUUUAAACCAAUGUUACCACCGAGGAGGCCAGAGGAUUUGGAUAUGUUAGCUGCACAAUUAAGUGAUUCUGGUAUUACAUCCCAACAGUCGGGACAACAACAACAACAAUCUCAAGCACAACAACAGUUACAGCAACAACAACAGUUGCAAUUGCAAGGUAGUGGUAGUGGUGGUUCUAUAUCAUCAGGUCAACCUGAAGCCCCACCACGUAAUAAUAGGCAACAAUCAAUAAUAAAUUCAAAUAAUAUUAUAACAUCAACACCAGCUGCACCAACAAAACCGGCACCAGCGCCACCAAAUCAACAAAUAAUUAAUCCAUUAGAUCCAUUGGAUAGUAGUGAUUCAGAUAGCGAACCAGAUGAACCAAAUGAACGUGGACGUAAUGAUGGUACAUUGUUGGCUAGUGAUCCACCGAAGCCACUUCCUGAAUUUUCAUAUAGGCCUGGCUUGGGUCCCCUCUCUGAAGAUUCAACAAAUGCAACCAGUGGUGGUGGUGCUAUAACACAUGGAUCUAGUGGUGGUGGUGGUGGACCACCAAAUAGACCAUUACCUCCGACACCAGAUGAUGAUGAUCAAGCUGGAGAUCGAACAUUGAUAAUGAAACGUAAACUUGAAAGUCAAAAACAUAAUUCGUUAACAUCAACAACAUCAUCAUCAACAUCAGCUUCGGAAAAUGAUGAAGCAGUUUUAUUACGUGAUUGGGACUUUGAAAGAUUCUUUCCAAAUCGUUCAUCAUUAAAUCAUCAUCAUAAUCAUCAAUCAAAUAGUAAUAAUGGUUCACUUAGAUCAAAUGAAUCAAUGAUUGAUAAAUUGAAUCCAAGAAGCGGCCAACAACAUCAUCAACAAUCAUCACAACAAUAUAAUUGUAAUAAAGAUAUACAACCAUUUAAAAAACCAGUUCCUAAUUUUGGUGGUCUUAUUAAUAAUCAACAACAACAGAAUAAAAAUAAAAUAUCAAUUGAUGAUUUUAAUAAUAAAAUAAAAUUUGAGGAACGUAUUAAACAUGAAAUUUUUGCUGCAAAUGCAAAAGUUAAUCAUGCUUUAAUUAAUAAUUUAAAAGAACGUUCACCAGAUAAAAUACGUAAUAGUAGUAGUGGUGCUAAUGAUAAUGAUAUAUCAAUUAAUUACAAUAAUAAUAAUAGUAAAAAUCACAAAAGACAAGAAUCUGAUUCAAAAUUACCAAUUAAUUUUGUAAGAGGAUUCCGUCGUGAAAAUUCUGAUUUUUUUCCAUUAUCAAAACGUCAUUCAGCUAUUUUAGGUGAACGAAAUAUUAAUAAUUUACCAAGUAUACCAUUACAAAUUCAGCAACGGUCAAGUGCUAUUUUUCAACGUAAUCGUAAUAAAGGUGAACCAGUAUUAACAGAUUUUUGUACUAAACAUAGUAUUGGAUCUAAUCAACAACAACAGCAACAACAACCACAUUCAUUAUCUAAAAAUGAUAAAACUAUUUCUAAUACUAAUAGUAAUAUUAGUAAUAUUACAAUUACAAAUUUUAAUUCUAAUUCAAAUUCAAACUCAAAUUCAAAUUCAAAUAAAUUAGUUAAUAAUAUAACAAAUAUUACUACAAAUAACACAAGUACUUCAAAUUCACCAACAACAUCUUCAUCAACAAUAGCAAUUGCAAAUGUUACAAACAACAAAAGUAAUAAUAAUAAUAAUAGUAAUAAUAAUACUAAUGUUAAUAGUAGUAUUACAAAUAUUACUUGUCAAAGUAGUAGUAAUAGUAGUGGUAGUAGUAGUAACAAUACAAAAAAAUCAACAAAUGAUAAUAAUACUACUAGUUGGAGCAGUACAUUAACAUCAAAGAAUUUAAAUUUUUUGAGACCAAGACGUGAAAAAACUGAAUCAGUUAUAUUUGUUAAAAAUUCAACAACACGUCAACAACAAUUAUUAUUAGCUCAACAAUUACAACAACAACAGCGUGGUGAAAGUAGUGGUCUUGGAACACCUGGAACUCGAACAAGCAGUGUAUUACCAGAUUUACUCAGUCAAGCUUCACCUGCUACCCCACCACGUCAUGAUAAAUCGGGUGAAGAGUAUCGUUUGGCCAUCAACAAUUCAGUGCAUUCCACGCCAUCAAAAUCUUUUAUUAUGAAUUCUUCGCCACAAUCGACUAUUUCUUCUAAUAUGUCUUCUUCGCCAAGUAGAAAUAGUCCAAAUCAAUCAAUAACAAAUAUAACAAAUUCCUCAAGUAGUAUUAAUUUAAUUUCAACAAAUAUUAAUAAUAUUAAUUUAAAUAAUCAAAUAAAUAAUAAUGUAAAUUUAUCUAAUAAUUCACAAUUAUUACAUCAAAAUAAUCCACAAUUACAACAACAACAUCAAUAUUUACAACGGCAACACCAUUUACAAUCACAACAACAACAACAACAACAACAACAUCAACUACAAAAUUUACCACCGCAUGCAUAUGCAUUGCAACAGAAACAGAAAAGUUUCUUAACAUUUGGUUUUGGUGCUGGUGGUUCUGGUUCAUCAUCACGUCGUGAAAGUCAUGUUAAUGUUAAUGUAACGCCAACAUCACAUGAUGCUGCUAGUGAUACACCUGAAAUUCGUAAAUAUAAAAAACGUUUCAAUUCGGAAAUUUUAUGUGCUGCAUUAUGGGGUGUUAAUUUAUUAAUAGGUACUGAAAAUGGUUUAAUGCUAUUAGAUCGUUCUGGUCAAGGAAAGGUUUAUCAGUUAAUAUCAAGAAGGCGAUUCCAACAAAUGGAAGUAUUGGAAGGCCAAAAUAUUUUGGUUACAAUAUCGGGUAAAAAGAAUCGAGUAAGAGUGUAUUAUUUGUCAUGGUUAAAAUCAAAAAUUUUACGGACUGAUGGAUUGUCAGAUCAAGUCGAAAGACGAAAUGGUUGGAUAAAUGUUGGUGAUCUUCAAGGCGCUGUUCAUUUCAAAAUAGUCAAAUAUGAAAGAAUAAAAUUUCUUGUGAUUGCACUUAAGGAUUCAAUUGAAAUUUAUGCGUGGGCACCAAAACCAUAUCACAAGUUUAUGGCAUUUAAAAAUUUUGGAGAAUUAGAACAUCGACCAUUACUUGUUGAUUUAACAAUUGAAGAUCAAUCUAGAUUAAAAGUUAUUUAUGGUUCAGCUGAAGGUUUUCAUGCCGUUGAUUUAGAUUCAGCUGAUGUUUAUGACAUUUAUCUUCCUAAACAUACUCAAGGUGCAAUCGUUCCACAUUGCAUUGUAGCUCUUCCAAAUUCAAAUGGAAUGCAACUACUGCUUUGUUAUGAUAAUGAAGGUGUUUAUGUGAAUACUAGUGGACGUGUUUCAAAAAAUAUUGUAUUACAGUGGGGUGAAAUGCCAACUUCUGUAGCGUAUAUAGGCACUGGACAAAUUAUGGGUUGGGGCAAUAAAGCAAUUGAGAUUCGCUCAGUUGAAACUGGACAUUUGGAUGGCGUAUUUAUGCACAAAAAAGCUCAACGUCUAAAAUUCCUUUGUGAAAGGAAUGAUAAGGUGUUCUUCAGUAGUGCCAAAGGUGCUUCAUCAUGUCAAAUCUAUUUUAUGACACUCAAUAAGCCUGGAAUGGCUAAUUGGUAGAUGGCAUUUUUUUUAUUAUUAUUAUUAUUUUUACAACUAUUAAUUAAUUAUAAUUUUUUUUUUAUUUUUUUAUAUAAUAUAUAUAUAUAUAUAUAUACAUAGCACAUAAUAAAUAUAUCAUAUAUAAAUAUAUGAUUAUGAUAGAAAAAUAAAACAUUCAAGGUGAUCCACAAAAUUUUAAUAUUUUGAUAAAAAAAAAAAUAAAAAUAAUAAAUAACAAAAAGUAAAUUAAUAAAAUUAUAAAAUAAUUUUUAAAUUUUGUUUAGUUUAAUAAAAGCGCAAAUAAAAUAAAUGUAAAAAUUCAAAAAUUAGAAUUCUUCAAAUUAAAAUUAAUUAGAUACGAUUGUUAUUGCAAUUUUAUAAAAAUAUUUUGUAUGAUUUUUAAUUAUGUUUAUAAUUUUUUGGAACUUUUUUUUUUUAAACUAUUGCUAUCAUAAAAUUUUCAUUAAUUUUAAAAUAUUUUUCUAAUGCAAAUCUAUAAAUCAUUUUAAAUGGUAAUAAUUAAUAUUUCAGUUAUUUAAAAUAUAGAAGUUUUGUCAGAACAUUCAAAGAAUUUGAGUUCGUUCAAAGAACUGAGAAUAUGUUAAAAAUCUUGUUUCGUGAGAUCUAUUUCUUAUAUUAUUUUUAAUAAUUUUUUAUAGCAUUUUCGUUGAUAUUACAAGAAUAAAUAUGCUAUUGUUAUCAAUGUUCAAAUAGUAUUAAUUAAUUAAUUUUUUCAAUGCAUUGUGUUCACAAAUUACAAAUUUGCAGAAUAAGUUGAACUUUAUUCCUUCAACUUUAUUUUUU